AUGCCUCGUCAUCGCCGGCACAGCCUCCGCCCCGGCAAGUGCACCACUUGCAAAGCCUGGGCUGCGUAUGCUGCUCGCAUGCACAGAGCCAAGCAUUUUCUCCACUACGUAUGGCUGGGAUCUCGCGUUGUUGCGACACCCCCAUUUCCCUGGACGAAUCUCUGGCUCGGGGCCGCGCUUCAGCCCAUUGACGGCGUUACGAGGGUACUUCCCCUUCGUCAGGUCAUUGCUGUGCUGGGCUACGACUCUGACUUGGGCUUUCGUCAUCUUCUUUCCGAGUCCUCCAAGCCGGGUAGCCUCCCGGUGCAAGGAUACCGGAUCUUCGCCCCGUUAAGGCUUGAUUUGACUUGCAAUGCCCACAACCCGACUCCGAACGACGGCUUUGCGGGAGAGCAAAUGACAGCUGCAAGGGAGAGUAGGCGUACUGCAGAGGAAUGCCUCGGCAUGAGGUUUUCCGACUGGUCUGCGCAAGGUCAUCCACCGCAAGCCUAUUCGUCGACGGCUCGUGAUCCCUGCAGGCCCGAAUCUCGACCUAACCUCAUUCGAUGCAACCUAACCGACGGUAUCUCAGAGGACAGCGAUGAGCACCUCAGCCUCCCUUUCGCCAGGCCGGGCAUUUAUUUUGCUAUCUUUGUUUGCUUUUGGGGCUUUUACGCUUUGCUGCGUGUACUGUCCUGGGGCAAACAACGCAUCGUGCGGUGGGCGAGGCACGCUCGUGCUGAGACGCAGCGAUCUGAGAACAUUGAACUUGCUGAUGUCGCUUCGGCCCAACCUGAGCAGUCUCGUACGAGCCGUUUCAAUCAACUGCUCGGGGUCGCUCAUGCCUCAGUUCUCAGCCUUUGGGACACGGCCCUGUCCUAUCUGGCAUGA